GAGGCUAUCCAGUGGCGGGUAGUUCAUGGGACUUUAUAUGCAAUUCGAAGAUAGUACAUUUUAAAAUCUUUGAUUGAUUAAAGUAAAAUGAUUGCUAGUGAUCAUGUUUUUGAACUUGUUGAUGUUACUUACACUGGCCACGUGGAGCCCGGAAGCUUCCUACAGAAAUUAAUUGGCACUCAACCAACUGGUAUCAUUUUACAUAAUAUAACGUUAGAACUGCAUACCGGAGAAUUAAUGGCAAUUCUUGGAUCCACAGGUAGUGGAAAACGUUCCUUGUUAGAUGUGAUCACAUGCAGAGCAAAAGGAACCACAAGGGGUCAAGUACUCCUCAACGAUGCCCCGCUGAGGAAGGAAAUAUUUAGAGAACAAUGUGCCUACAUCCCCAAAAGAGCAGAUCUUUUACCAGGACUCACUGUUAAACAGACUUUGGAAUAUUCUUCGCAAUUGACUGUGAGCUCCAAAGUAUCAAAAUCUGUCAGAAGAAACAGGGUGAAAGAAGUAUUGGCAGAUUUAGCAUUAAAUUCUGUCUCCAAUCGUGAAAUUUCUACACUCGCUUCUAGUGAAUAUAAAAGAACAGUUAUAGGUGUUGAGCUAGUUCGUGAUCCAGUACUUUUAGUCUUAGAAGAUCCAACCCAAAAUCAAGAUCCUUUAAAUGCAUAUUUUAUAAUGUCAAUUCUUUCAAAUCAUGUUAAAAAAUACCAUCGAAUGAUCAUUUUAACAUUAGAAAAACCACGAUCUGAUAUAUUCCCAUUUUUAGAUCGUGUCACUUAUUUAUGUUUUGGAGAGAUUGUUUAUACAGUAAUAGAAAAAGUAAUAGCAAUUUAUGAAGUAAUAGAAAAAGAAAGGCUAUUUUGGAUGGUUUGUCUUUCGACUGUCGAUCGUCAAACAAGAGAACGAUUUAUUUCUUCAAGUUGUCAAAUUGCUAGCCUAGUUGAGAAAUUUAAAAAUGAAGGUGCACAAUUUCGAAAAUAUGCUCAUCCCCCAGCCGAAAUGACAGAUCAUACAACUACUAAAUAUAAAUUACCAUUAACUGCUUACGGUUCACCGUCCUCUUACCAAGUUCUUUUUGCAUUAAUUAGGAGGAGUUAUGCAAGUGUAUUAAGCUGCAACAGUCGUUCCUUAAGAGAAGCAUUUGUUCGAUUAUUGAUACUUCCAUUAUUUUUUUCUUUUUUAUUUUUAUUCUAUUUUCCUAUUGAUAGUUAUCAGCAUAGUUUUGUUACUCGAAAUGGUCUAGUUUUCAAUUGUUUAACGGCUGUUACCUUCCUCUCAGCUGCUAUUACAGCUGUAGGAUAUGCACCUCAUAGAAAUCGUUACUAUCAAGAAACUAGGAACGAUAUGUAUAAUGGUUCUUUAUUUAUUUUGUCUCAAAUUAUGUACAGUUUCAUCUUAAGUGGAAUUAGUAUUUGGGCUUCAGGAUCAAUUAUUUAUUUUCUAGCAAGAAUGAGACAAGACUUAAUUAGGUGGAGCAAAUUUUGUGCUGUUUUAUGGACAGUUUACAUAUUUACAGAGAACUUUACUAUGUCAUUAAUGGUAUUUAUAAAAAAUUCAUAUACCUCGUUCGUCACCUCCAUUUAUAUAUUACUCUUACAGAUAACUUUAGGAAGUGGAACUGUAAGAUCUCUAUCAUCGCUACCUGACAUGCUUUACUAUCUUAGCUAUGGUAUAAUAUACAGAUAUGCUGGAGCAUUUCUUAAUUAUAACGAAUUUGCUGACCAUCCUCAAUUGGAUCAUGCACCAUAUUUUAAUGGUUCCGAUCGUGUUCCAUGUCCUAAUAACAAUAAUAUUCCAGGACGUUGCCUUUAUUUGAACGGAACACAUUAUUUAUCUCAACGUUACCAUAUAAAUUCAUCAUUUUAUGGUAACGAUUUGAAUUUUGAAUUGAAUUUUAUCAUAUGUUUUGUAUUCGCUUGUGGUAUGUGGAUAGCUAAUGUAGUUCUUUAUUUAUUGCCAGUACCUUUAUCUAUCAAAGAAAAGUUUUGUAAUUAA